AUGAAUCCUGCUCCGAAUCUUCCUCCAGAGCUCUUGUGUCUCAUCACACACCACCUCUCCCAUCAGGAUCUGGUGCAGAUAGUCAGGAUCAACAGAUCCUGGUACUCAACCUGCUCUCCGCUGCUCUGGAAGACCGUCCGGCUCCUGUACACGUCCCGGCGACUCUCCGAGCCAGCACAACGGGCCUUCCUCCGUCACAGCCGUUAUGUUAGGCCCCUUCAAACCCGCUUCUUUCGGCCGAUCAAGGCCUUUCUCGAAGCGCCCGAUCUGUACCUCGAGACCAUUGAUAUCCUCAACAACAACCUUCAUUCGGAUGUCAUAGAUCCUUGCAUGAGCGCCGACUCUGAAGCCCUACUGAUCGCCCUGUUGAAGAAGAGUCCCCACCUUCGGACUUUGCGCAUCAAACGAUCACCCAAGGUGUCUCUCCCGCUGCUCAAUAUUAUUGCCACAGUGCUACCACGGUUCCGGUUCUUGUCCUUGUUUUGCCCACAGGGAAUGCCCUGGGUCAGUCCUGCAACCAUGAAGGCGUUUCUUGAAGCAUGUUCGCCAGAGACGGAGCAAUUGAGCGCCUGGGUGAUAGUCGAGGAAGACAACGAGGAGCAGGUCGAGUCACCCUUGUGGGAACUGAAGGACAAGGACAAGCACGCGUGCGAAAUCGAACGCAAGCACCACCAGUGUUUCAUCAGCGAUGGGCACGACAGCGUCUCUGACCACAGCAGCCAGAAGUCUCCACCAUCACAUCCAGCCCUACACAUGCUCUGUCUAUCAGGGUACUUCUUCGACCAUGAGGAGGACGUUGUGAUACCGUUUCUGAGAGGCUGCAAGAAUCUGCAAAUGAUCGAGUCACCCGACGAGUACCGAAACGACAAGUGCUGGAUCACCGACAAUUAUCGGAUACGAGCUGCGAUUGAGGAGGCCACAGGAUCGACCCUCAGGAGGUUGGCCAUUGCGCCUUCAGGAGCAGGAGCAGAAUCGGAGAUCACGGAUGAGGAUGUGGCACAGUUGAUUCUGGCAGGACAGUCGCACCGGUCAGACGGACGCAAGGAGGUCUGGCACACUCUGCAUCUGGAAGGAAACCCGCUUUUGGGACCACUAACAGCGGAUGCGAUUCUUCAGACUUGCACGAGUGGGCUGGUCUGGCUCAACAUUUCAGGCUGUCAGGGAAUUCGUGGACACCACAUCCAGGCCAUUCUCACGAUCGCGGUACACUUGCGGAAUCUCGAUGCAGCAUGUAGAGGCGACUCCGAAGCGACGGAUUCUCGACUCUACGUUUCUCAGAUCCUUCAAUCGAACACGCCCUGGGUCUGUUGGUCGCUCCGGAGAAACUGA